AUGGCUUCUCGAACACCUGGUGAUAGACCUCUUCAAUUCGACUUGGAAUCUCUUGGUGGAAGUACCGAGAAGGAGGCAGAAUCCUCUUCUCAUGUCCUUGGGGAAACUCGCCCCCGCGAUGUAGCGCUGGAACGUAGUGCCAGUCACUAUUCCCCUCGGGUCAACAUUGGGGCGAAGAUACCAGGCGAGUUCAGAACUCUGAGUAUCCAUGUUGAAGAGACAAGAGAUGGUCGAGCGGACGCCAAGGCGAAGCCCGUCGUCAAAGAAAUUGCGGACCUGGACUGGCACGAACUGGACACUCUCGAGGUUCUCACUCGUCUCGGAGUAUCAGAGAAAGCUGGAUUAGAUGGUCCCAUGGUUAUCAGGCGGCUGGCGCAGAACGGCAAGAACGUUAUCACUCCUCUGCCGAAGAAUCUGCACAAGCGUAUAUUUUUCUAUAUCUUUGGAGGUUUCGGUGGCUUGUUAUUCGUCGCGUCUAUCGUCUGUUUCCUUUCUUGGAGGCCCCUCGGCGACCCGAACCCAUCGACAGCCAACUUGGCUCUUGCGGUAGUUCUUCUGCUUGUUAUUGUGAUACAAGCCGUCUUCAAUGCCUGGCAAGAUUUCACUACAAGUCGCACUAUGAACUCUAUUGCCGCCAUGUUACCCAUGGAUGUUUUGGUCACUCGGGAUGGUAACGCUGUCAAAGUCCCGGCACCCGAACUUGUCCUUGGAGAUAUCGUUCAUAUCAACAUGGGAUGCAAAGUCCCUGCGGAUCUUCGGCUCAUUGACGUAUCCUCCAAUCUCAAAUUCGACAGGUCCAUCCUGACUGGCGAGAGCAACGCUAUUCCUGCUACUGUCGAAAACACCAAUCCUAACUUCAUGGAGUCUCGCAACAUAGCUCUUCAAGGGACGCUCUGCGUUGGUGGAGGUGGUCUGGGCAUAUGUGUGUGCCUCGGCGACAAGACGGUCUUUGGACGGAUUGCGAAACAAGCUGCAUCAGAGCGUCCUGGACGAACUUCACUGGAGUCCGAGAUCCGACGCCUUGUGUUGAUCAUAUGUAGCCUGGCCCUCACCAUCGACAUUAUCUUUGUUAUUUUGUGGGCUGCGUGGCUCCGUCGCGAUCAUCCAAACUUCAUACCUGUUCCGACAUUGCUUAUAGAUUUGGUUUCCGUCGCUGUUGCCUUUAUACCGGAGGGUCUUCCCGUUUGCGUUACUCUUUCUCUGACGGUGAUAGCCGGUGCCAUGCGGAAAGCUAACAUCCUGUGCAAGUCCCUCAGUACAGUUGAGAGCUUGGGAUGCGUCAAUUUCAUCGCUUCUGACAAGACGGGUACUUUGACGCAAAACAAAAUGACAGUGGUCAAUAUUUCUAUCGGGGACGAGCUUUUGACAGUCUCAGAGGCAAAAACAGCUGCACUCACUACUGGGCCCGCUGGGGAGCGUGUUAAGAUUUUGGCUGCAAUUGCUGGAAUUUGUAACGACGCGCGUUUCGACGCGGCAGACGAGAAGUUACCUGCGGAAAUUCGGAAAGUUCACGGCGAUGCUACAGAUACCGGUCUACUUCGAUUUUCGGAAAGCAUCAGUCCUGUUGAGGACAGCCGAGCAACGUGGACAGAGCGUGCAAAGAUUGCCUUCAACUCUAAGAACAAGUUUGCUAUGAAACUACUACAAGCAGUUCCCCAGAACAAACCGACUAGAUCAAUGCCCGUCUCUUCCACUGAUGACUUCGAUGUGUCAUCGGAUUAUGUCCUAUUGGUUAAAGGGGCUCCUGAGAUAGUAUCACGCCGUUGUAGCCAUAUAAUGGAUUCGGACGGAACAAUCGGACCGAUGGACGAUACCCUCGCAGACCGUCUGUCGGCAGUACAAGAGCAAUUUGCAUCAAACGGCCAGCGCGUUCUACUCAUGGCUAAGAAGAUCAUCCACGGCGCAGAGCUCCCAGCAGAUUUUUUUGUCGAAUCCGGUUCUUUCCCUAUGGAAGAUCAUAUGCUUGCUUUCAACUCUGGCUUGACGGUGGUUGGUUUGGUAGCUUUGAUCGACCCGCCAAAGGAUGAUGUCAAGCUCACUGUUGCUACGGCGCGUCGGGCGGGCAUUCGGUUUGCGAUGGUCACAGGCGAUUUCUCUUCAACUGCUGCCGCCAUUGCUCAGCAAGUGGGAAUUAUCACCACACCAAUGAGCGAAGUGAAGCAUGUUACAGACCUUCAGCACGAUGCUCCAAUUGAGUCAGUGGCUGAGUACGAGCCUGACAUCUAUAAGCGCUCGGGUCCGCAAAUGCGAAGUCUUGUCUUAAGCGGUUCUGACCUCAUCGGCAUGACCGAAUCUCAGUGGAAACAAGCACUUGCCUUUGAUGAGAUCGUUUUUGCACGGACGACGCCCCAGCAGAAACUUCAAAUCGUGAAACAAUUACAAGCGGAGGGAUGUACCGUUGCGGUGACAGGCGAUGGAGUGAAUGAUUCUCCGGCUUUGAAGCAAGCCGACGUCGGAGUUGCUAUUGCUGGAGGCUCCGAAGUUGCCAUGGAGGCCGCGGACUUGAUCCUGCUCUCAGAUUUUUCUGCCAUCAUCACUGGAAUUCAAUAUGGACGUCUGUGCUUUGAGAACCUCCAAAAGUCAAUAUUGUAUCUCUUACCAGCCGGCAGUUUCUCCGAGCUCAUGCCUAUCGUUCUUAAUGUACUCACCGGGGUACCGCAAGCACUGAGCAAUUUCCAGAUGAUCAUUAUCUGUAUUUUUACGGAUGUCUCCCCUGCGCUCUCCAUGGUGAACGAGAAGCCUGAAGCAGAUCUGUUAUUACGCCCGCCUCGUAAUCGCAAAAAGGAUCGCCUGGUUAAUUGGAAACUCUUGCUGCAUGCGUAUCUCUUUCUGGGGUUGAUGGAGACAGUGACAUCCAUGGUUGGGGCGUUCUAUUUCGGAUUUGAGCGCAAUGGCGUCCCAUUCUCUGCUCUGUGGCUCAAGUACGGAGAUUAUGAUGCAGACCCCGCGCUGAUACAGGAGCUUACGAACAAGGCACAGUCCAUCUAUUUCUUCAAUUUGGUCAUAAUGCAAUGGUUCAAUCUACUUGCGACACGUACCAGAAGGCUGUCGUUGUUCCAGCAAAAUCCUUUUGGUUCAAAAACGCGCAAUGUCUUCCUGUUCCCUGCUAUGGCGGCUGCACUCACUAUUGCCUGUUUCUUCUCCUACAUUCCAUGGUUCCAAAAGGUCCUUUUGACACGCGGAGUUAAUGUCGAGUUCUAUUUCUUGCCGAUUGCGUAUGGUAUCGGCAUGCUUUUCCUUGACGAGGCUCGCAAAUGGUGGAACAGGAUGCACCCAUUGUCGUUCCUUGCACGAAUCGCAUGGUAA